AUGACAGCUCAAGUGGGCAGAGCCCUCUCCUACAUGACAUUCAAGCCCGAUAUGGGCACCAGCAAACAUGAAGCUCCUUAUCUCAAUGAAGAAGGCUAUGUCGACUUCUCGCCCGACGAUCUCGAGAACCCGCGAAACUGGUCCCUCAAGAAAAGAUGGGCCAUUACCUGUAUCGCAGUAUUUCUCGCAAUGAACGGAAACUUUGCAUCAAGCAUAUUUUCUGGCAGCAUCGGCUCUGUUGUGGAAGAGUUUGGAGUAUCAGAGGUUGCUGCAAGCUUGACAACUACAAUGUUUUUGCUCGGCUUCUGCGCAGGGCCCUUUGUCUUUGCGCCUCUUUCGGAGUUUUACGGUCGUCGGUGGAUAUUCUAUAUCACUUUUCUUGCCUAUAUGGCCUUCAACUUUCUCUGCGCAUUCCCUACAAACUUCGGAUCACUCCUCGUUGGACGAUUCUUGGCUGGUGUCUUUAUGUCUGCGCCUCUGAGCACCACCCCGGGCGUUCUGGUCGACCUCUGGGACCCUAUUGAGCGAGGAAACGCCACAGGAAUCUUCAGCUUGGCUUCUUGGGUUGGCCCAUCACUUGGGCCGGUGGUGUCCGGUUUCGUCCAGCUUAAGAAGAACUGGCGAUGGGGCAUGUACUCCGUCUUAUGGCUCGGAGCUUUGACAGUGCUUCUCAUUUUCCUGAUCCCCGAGACGCAUGCGCCGACCAUUCUAGCGAAAAAGGCAAAGCGUGCCCGAAAGUCUGGAAUUGCUGGCUAUGAAAAGGUUAUAAUGGAGGGAGAAGAAGAUAAACCUUCCCUCGCCCACGUCUACAAGCUGGCCCUCACGCGACCUUGGAUCCUCAUGUUCGAUUUGAUCUCCCUCCUCUGCUCUAUCUACACUUGCAUCGUAUUCACUCUUCAGUUCAUGCUCUUCAGCAUCUACCCUAUUGUAUUCAGAGACAUGAGAGGCUGGAACGCUGGCGUUUCGCAGCUCCCUCUCCUCGGCCAGGUCGUUGGGGCUGUUCUUGGAGCCAUAGUCAUCUUCGUUGACAGCGAGCGGCGGCGCAGCAAGGAGGCGGCUGGUAAGACGCUGCUGCCAGAGGAUCGGCUUCUCAUGGCUAUGUUUGGAGGUGUUGCGUUCCCUAUCACCAUGUUCUGGCUCGCAUGGUCUGCUAAUUACAACGCUGUUCCUUGGAUUGUCCCGACUCUUGCGGGCACUUUCCUCUCUGCCGCUCUAAUGCUCGUCUACGUUGCUAUAAUCAAUUAUCUUACCGAUACGUAUGCCCAAUACGCAGCUUCCGUCAUAGCGGCCAACACAGUUGCUCGAUCGGCUGGAAGUGCUGCCGCUCCCUUAUUUACGACCCAGAUGUUCACUGCUCUUGGUGUAGGUGGUGGAGGUUCUCUUAUCGGCGGAGUUGCGACUCUUCUGGCAAUGAUCCCGUUUGUUUUCUUCUGGUACGGUGCUCGUAUCCGGAGAAAGAGCAAAUAUGCACUUGUGGAGCCAGAUCAAAUGGAGAAGAUGGACGAGGAAGCCGAUCCUACAGACUAUGGUGUUCAAGGGGAAGAGACUCAGCACACAGGUGAUAUGGAUGAGCCAGCACACAGCAAGCGUUCCGAGGAUGCAUGA